GUCUCCUGGAGCGACUAGGUAUAUGGUGAGUAAUAGGAUCCCUUGAGAUAUACUGCGACAACGUACAGAUCAGCUUUUUGGGAUGUUUUGCCUCGUGGCUGGGCCCAUCGGGCAGUGAUCCGGGAUUCAUCGUAGAGGUACGGCCGGAGCUGUAAUGAUGACACCAGGUGACUGAUUGUAGCUGACGGAGGGAUUGAUGAAGAGAUAGACGCAGGCGAUAAGGAUGCAUCGACUGGUCGUGCGAUGCUCAAUUGCCGGAGUCAGUCAGAGAAGUCAAGAUGGGCUGAUCCAAGAAGUGGGAGGAAGCGAUGCGGAGGGCGGCGGGGUCAUGCAGUCAUUCGCGGCCAAAACACCAUCAGCCGGCUCGGCACCUCAACGUCACCAUCUAAUGGAUCUACAUCUACAUCUACAUUGGAUAAAUCGAGAUCUCUGCGCAAAAUAUGCUGGAAAUAUUUUAUGGUCCAUUCAUAUAGACACUAAAGAGCUGAGAGGAUCUAUCGAAACACAUCAAAUCAUGGUAUAUACAAGCCAGUCCCAAAUGCUGCCACAACGCCUGUGCCAGUUCGCUAAAUGCAUUCAAGUCUCAAACAAAUCAACAUUAUCAAUCAGCCAGCACAAGUUGCCCUCCCAAAUGCCUCUGCCGAGACCAUCGGGCUGGAAAAACCGAAAAGCAGGGAUCCAGCCCUGGUGAAUUAAAACCGGAUAGUGAUUCAGUCAAUAAGGUUUUGUAAUCCGCGAAAAUCA